CAAAACUCUGAGAGGAGGUGAAGCUGCACACACUGAUGUUGAAGCCCUGACUACAUUACAGCACACUUGGAAAAUUGAUCUGUAUCUCUUGAUCAUCUUGCAAGGAAUAAAUUAAACAGAAUGUACCACGUUGUCCUCUUCACUCUGCUCACAGCUUGUGUGUUAGCUGAUGUCCAACCUCAGUACUACUCCUUCUCCCCAGCCGUGGGGUCAGGGAGUGGCACCUCUUACAGUCUGACUGGAGAGGGCCGUAUCACGGCUGUCCGAGUGUGGGAGGCCAACAACAACUACAUCUAUGGCUUCCAGUUCCGCUACGGCUUCUUGUGGUCUCCCAUUGUUGGCUACCAAUACGGCCAGCCCCAAGAAAUGGAGCUGUUUGAAGGCGAGGCCAUCAUCCAGAUUUCUGGAAAAUAUGCUCACUACCUGCAGUCAGUGGUGUUCACCUCUAACAGGGGUCGCACGCUGCGUGCAGGCCAGCCUUCGGGCCGCUCCUUCAACAUGUACCCCACCCACAGUGAAGCUGAGCUGCGCUUCAUCAGCGGCCGGGUCCAUGGAGCCAUCACCUCCAUCGGAGCACACUGGGGUGUCGUAGAUCCAGCUGUAAACAGCACUGCUGGAUACUGAGGAGGAGAACAGGAGUUAGGAGUUAGUCGCCAACAUUUGGCCAUUAAUGUGAAAGAAUGAAGUUAUUGUACCACCAAACACAUAAUGAAUCAUUUCUAAUAUAACAUUUUUUUUCUUACUACUUCUGUUUGUGAAUUGUAAUUUUAGUGUAUUUAGUGGAGUAAUAUUUCAUUAUCUCAUGUCCUAAUCAGGUCAGUAAACUGUAAUUAACUGUUAUUAACAUUUCCACUGUGACAGACAUAUAAAUCAUUAAAUAAAGUAAAAUUAAAUGUCUAUCAUCUCUUGUUGAUUUAUUGUGUGUUAGCAAAACGUUCUGUGGGCUUUGAACUUUGAAUAUCCCUCUUUCCCAGAAUUCUAAAACACUUACAUCUAAAAAAGUUACUACAGGGUAAUUUUCCAGAAGUAUUUUUCACUUAUCUUCCUGUGACCCAGUUAUUGUGCGUAUACUUAGAUACUGAUAAACACAGAAAUCGCAGUCUGUAUAGGUUGAGAGGACUUAUUUAAACCACACAUUUCAGCAACCACAGAGUACCAGAGUGCAUUCUGUUGUUGUAGCCUACAUCAGCUGACCUUAUUCUUGCUUUCAUGAUUUAUUUUGUGUCUUUUAAAAGAACAACUUAGAGAAUAAAAUACCCCCACAUGUGUAUUUUA